AAUUGUGAAUUGUUUCAGCAAGGCGAAGUCGACAUGUUCGUGGUCAUGGCUACAAUAUACGUCAUGAGUAUUGCACUGGUUCAUUGCUUACAGGACAAGUGGUUAUUACGGCUGGGCAUUGUAUCCAAGGAAAGAGAGGGUUGAUCGAAACUAAUGGUCAAUUUCAUCGAUCGAAAGAAGUUGAUUUUAUAUCGCACAGUUCGCAAAUUUUAUAUCUUUCGACAACAUAAUGGACCCGAUAUAGCGUUGUUGUUGUUGUCGAAACCCGUUACGAUAUGUGAUCCAAAACGACGGAAUUCAGUGGAUCGCUUCGAGAUUCUUAGACUUCCGCUCGGCAAUGCACUUCGUUCAGGUUGGAGUGAUGAGGAGGUAGAGCAGGCAAAAUGUGUGAUGUAUGGCUACGGUCGCAAUGAAAAGUACUCAAAGUUGGACUAUCGAUUGCGAAGUAUGCCAGUCAAAUUGAAAGUCCGAUCGCCUGAGCUGAUCACAGAUCUCAGACGGAAUCAGAAAAUAUGCGAGGUCAAUAAAUGA